CGUGCAGAAGCAAGCCAACACAUUAGUCUUCACUGUCAUCUCAGUGACAGAAUGUGCAUCGCAAGAAAAAAUCAUUAAAUUUUGUCGACAAUAUCUGAAGUAUCGCGUACGAACCUGAUGGAACGUAGCCAGCCGCAUUCUGAAAGCUUCUGAAUCGGUCGAGCUCUGGCGCUCAUAAACAAAAAAGAGGAAAGUUUGUGGCGUUGUUAUUUGUGUCUAGCCUCACUGAUUAGCUAGCAGUGGCUGCGAACAACGAGCUUCAUCCAUUAUAAUUAACUUCACGUCCGUGCUUGAAUCAACGACGGCGGCCGGCUACCAGAUGACUACAGAGGCCGGCCUGCAUAUAAACAAAUUGGCCUUGUCCACGACGAAUACAGUUGACUUCUAUGACGGCCAGACUGCAUGGAACACAGCUCAAUCUGCCGCCUGGUUUCAUAUCGACAUAGACUUAAUUGCAGCAGCGAAGAGGCAGCUUCGGUUCCUCGAGGUUGUAGAUCAGACCGCGGCACUGCAACAAAAUGAACUUUUGAGAUGUGCAGUUUUCCGGUACUGGAACUACUGGCUGCCGUUGGCAUCCAAGUUCCAGGCCUGUGGAUUCCCUAGCAACGAUCACCAGACGAGCAUCGAUUGCUUGUUGGCGCCGUUGGAUUGCGCAUGGAUCUGGCAUUGCCACAAGCUCAACCCGGUGCGGUACGGAAAGGACUGCAUUAUGCAUUUUGGGGAGGUCAUCGACAUCAGAACCGUCCCCGGAGGAGACUCCACGGAGGCCGACUUACAACAAGCUUCGUCGGAAUUUUGGCAGACUGAGUACCCGGGCGAGCCAUACCAUCUGAUUCUGCCCUUCGAGGACGGCCUGAGUGAUGAAUUCCAAAAAGUCCUUGAAAUCCAGUGUGCUAAGCUGAGGCCUUUAUCUCCUCCCAUGCUGUCAUACGACCUCGUCGCCGCAGCUGACAGACAGCGACAUUUCUUCUAUCAGGUUCAAAGAAGCUGGUUCAAGGACGACGAAUUCCUGCAAGAGGCUGUCCAAAGAUAUAGAGCAUACCUUUACAUGAUGCAACAAGCUUUGCAGUCGAGAAAGGAAGACGAUCCUCAAGUUUUCCUGGUUCCGACGUUCGACAUUGACCUCAUUUGGCACACUCACAUGCUGCACCCGAGCACUUACGCUCGAGAAACAACGAAUCUGAUGAAGAGAGUUCUGGACCACGAUGACACCGACACCGAUCGAGGAGCGGGCAAGAAGCUGAACACGGGCUUUAUCGACUCGUGCAACAGGUGGUGGACUACUUUUGGGACCGUGUACGAACGAGCGGGAGCGAUGUACAGGGGACCCGAUCCGCCGAUGAGGCGUGCUCCUGCUAAACACACGAAGGACGGUUGGGCUAUGGGAAGGGAGAGGACAAUAUUAGAGUUCACGGAAAAGGGAAAGUGGAAUUCUUCUCACUACGACAGUCUUAUGACGUCUGAUGCUGAACAGACUCCGGCCGUGGACGCGAGAUCGACCUGCCAGGUGGGAGUCCAGGCUCUUGCUACCGACAUUGAGACCUUUCAUAUUAACUUCAUUCAAAAUUGGUCGAGAAUUGAUUCAUGGAUCCGAAAAGUAAAGUUCGGCGAUAAUUCCAAGGUGCACGUGGUGAUUUUGAGCGCUAAAAAUCUUCCUAAACCGCUAGUGCAUCAGAAAGACACUUUCCAAGUUCGGGUGACCGCCUUGCAGCGAUGCCCGUUCUUGAGCGUCCACACAGAAAAUAAGAAAGCUUAUGGCGAGAAUCAAGUGGAGUGGAAUCAUGGCAUUGCGAUGGAAGCUGAACAGGGAACGAUAGGUUUGCAAUUCGAGCUACUGCGCACCAGCAAGCUCAGAAAGAAGGCUGGAUGUUCUUCUCGGGGUUUGAGUAAGAUAUCUGAAUUCGUGGCAAGCACAAACACGACGAAGCAGAACAAAAUCACGAGCUUGGGCACGGUUAACAUCUAUUGGGUUGAAGUUGAUUUUCAUGAGUCGAGAAGGAUAUCCAAGUCUCUCGACACUGCAAAUGCGGUAAUGCAAUUUUGCAUAUCUGUAACUAAAUUUCGGCCGGCACCAAGAUUGUUCCGCACACUCCAUUCGCCAGUGACGGAAGACAACCACAGGAUGGUAGCUCUACAUAUUGGAAACAGUAUUGUUCCUCAGCAAGGACGUUGGACGACGAAGACAGUAGUGAAUCACAAGGGCACGCCCAUCUACAAAAUUCAACAGAGAAUUUCCGUAUCUGAAUGUGAAGAAUCCUGUAUAUUCGUACAUGAAGCAGUAAAAUAUCCGAAUGCAGUUAUGGGACCAUCUUGGUUCAGACUGGAUGAGACCUUCACAGGUCAAGACCUCGCCACAUGCCGCCUUCUUUCUACGGAGUACCACAAAAAGAACAAGAAUAUACGAGAGUGGAAUCUCUUCAAUGACGGAGCGAUUCUGACUGUCUAUAAGCCCUCGACAACAACGAAUGAUGUGCCCUGUGAUCUCUACGGUCUAUUAGGUCGAAACCGAAUGAGAUUACUCUCAGGCAGGAGAAUGGAGUAUGCUGUCGCCAAUGACAGAUCUAAGGAAAAGUUUCUAACUCUCAUGCGCUAUACACCGGAGGCUCCCACUGGCACAGCCACAGCUCUUCUGAACCUGACCAAGGCUUGCUUCGAGGUUCAGCCGGAAGAAAGCACAGUAUUGGUGCUUCUGAUCUCUGCUGCGGUGACCAUGUCCUUACACGAGUUUGGCACUCCUGUCAACAAGAGCGCAAAUUGGAGCGUCGAUAAGAGCUACAAACGUCGGAGGCUCGGUGGAGCCUCCGACGGUGAAUUAGGAGCGGUCAAGCUGAAAAAGAAUGAGUUCUCUCCACAGUGGACUCAAACUGAUCCAUCGGAUGAGGACCCCGAGAAUAAAUCUAGAUCUCUGUACAUCCCUUGGAACCAAAGUGACGUCCAUAUUUUCUACGGCCAAGACCUGGCCAGUGCCCAGUGCGAAUCCGCAGCAUGUGCGGGCACAGCUUGUGGUGGGAACUAGGAUUUUGAUUUUGGUGCUUAUCGUGCUCGUGGUCGGCUUAGACAUAGAAAUUAUGGUGACAUAGAGUUAGACCGCUUAUGUGGCGAAGGCGGAGGCUGUGGCGGAGGCGGUGGAGAGUAGAUUCAAAAUUAUGAACAGUAGAUUCACGAAGCUGUUACCAUCUUGCUGCGUUUGCACAUGUAUUUUUGUGUACAUUAUGAAAUGGUUAACAUACAUUCUGAUCGUUCUGGGAACAUCUUGUGACUUCAAGAUUUUAAGGAGAAAGUUUCUAGCUGUCAUGGUUCCUUCCCAAUGUUCCUUAUAGUCGCG